AAUAAAAAAAAAAAACACUUAUCUGAUUAAUAUUUGUAAAAGCAACAAGCACAGUUGUAAACAACGUAGCGAGCGUAAGUAAACGAAUUGUGAGUGCUGCGACUCGCCUGCUCGGAUAAGAAAGCUCAGUCAGCAAACAAUAAACAACGGCGCUCUUUGUCGAGCCAUUCGACGUUGACCACCUGCCAAAGUGCAUCAUUUUGCACUGUGUCAUUAACAAUAACAACAACAACAACGUCAAACACAAUACAUAUCCAGAACCAUCGCGACUUCGCAGAAUCAGUGCAUCAUCUAUUUACUCACCCAGUCAGCCAUGCCAUCCAACUGAUUGCCAUUGCCAAUAAGAUGCGUGGAAUAGAGGGCAAAGUCGUUGUGCUAGGCUCGCGAGGUGUUGGCAAAUCUCGUUUGGUCAUCAAGUAUAUUAAAAAUGCUCUGCAUCGCAGCGAGGAGCCGACGAUAGCUGUCUCCUUUUUCACCUGCAACAUCAUGUUGGAUGAUGUUAAAAUCAAAUUACAGAUCUGGGAUACCGCUGGACAGGAGCGCUUCAGGGCCGUUGCACCCAUGUAUUAUCGGAAUGCGAAUGCUGCCAUUUUAGUGUUCGAUCUGACACAGUAUAAGACAUUUACCGAAAUCAAAUCAUGGAUCCAGGAGCUGCAUCGCAAUGUCCAGGACCCGAUGAUACUGACGCUGGUGGGCAACAAAAUGGAUCUGCAGUCACAGCGCGCCGUUUCGCGCGAUGAGGCCUAUCUGUUUGCCAGCUCGAUUGGCGCCACCUACUUUGAGACAUCCACCGAAACGGACCAGGGCCUGGAGCAGGUGUUCCUCUCGACGGCCCUGGGUCUGGUGCGCCUGGCCGACGAGGGCAAGAGCCAUUCGCUGCGCUCCUUUGAGUCGACCGACUCGCUCUUCUACACCAACGGCAACACGGCCUUCAGCUAUACGGCCGCCGCGGUGGUGCGCAACGAGGAUGGCGCUGCAUUUCGUCUGCCCUAUGUGCAUAUUGGAAUACCAGUGGAUGGGCAGGAUGUGAAGGCGACGGGCGAGGGGCGUCUGGAGACGCCCUCGUGGGCGAUCGAGCACAUUGCCCUCGGCGAAGUGGAGAGGGCGCGCUGGUGCUGCUACUGAAUAGCAACCAGACAGAGCCAGAACCAGAGCCAGAGACCUGUCAACGAUUUUCUCAAAACAUUGUGAUGUUAAUUAAACAGGUUUACCUUUAGUUAUGCACCUGCACUCAAAUUCGAAUCGGCUAAAGCAAUCGAAGCCAAAUAGAAGACCACCCGUUAACACAAGAAACAAACAAAGAAACAAGCAACAAGCAAAUGAAACUGAUAGAUUUACCGAGCACUGCGGGCACAGCCCGCCAGCGGGUGGCAACGCAAUCAAUUGACACAUCCAAAUCGUGGCUGCUAGUCGUAAGCUAAUUGUAAGCUUAGUUAAUAAGUCUAACCAGCAAAUGCCUAAUGUAUAUUUUAUUUAUGAAUAUUAACAAGCAGCAGCGUCGCUUAAAGCUCACUUGACUCCAAAA